GUAACACCAGGUGGCCUGACCGUACUCACAGGAUUCCCAUCCCGAACCGCAGAGGCCGCCCUGAUGGAGGACCGGCAGCCUGGCUACGGGAUGCCAAUGGCCAUGGGCCCUGGCUAUCCUCCGAUGAUGGCGGCCCCUGUGCAAAUGGGCCCCCCACCCUCACAGCAGAGUGGGGGCUCUUCCCAAACUCCACAGGCGUUGGGCGGCCUCCGCGAGUAUGACAUGAC